AUGAGUUCUCGACUGUGGCUCGUGGUGUCAGCGUGCAUUUUGUCAGUGGGAAGCGCAGGGGCUCAGGGACGCGAGGUUGCGAUGGUGAGCAGGGAUUACAAGCCAGUGCGAGGGAGAAGGAGAAGCCGUGAGGGGGGGGGGGGAGCAUCUCUCUCUAGCAUUUCACCCUCCAGUGGAAGCGACACAGCUCUAACCCUUCGCAACCCGACUCAAGUGCGUGCUCUGACCCAGCGGGAACCCGGGCGACGCCGAGGAGAUUUCUGGAUGUUCAAAUGA